CUGCAUCCGCCACGCAAGGUUUGCUGAUCUUGUCUUCUUGUCCUCCGCCGGUCGCGACACUCUGCACACUCACCGCCCCUCCCGCUCGCCAUGGUCGACGAACGUUCCGACAUCCUAGGCGGUCACCUCCAGAAGGCCCCGGGCCAACCGUACAAGGCUUGGCUGGCGGAACAUCCGACCGGGACGGCGGCUUUUGCGGUGGUGUUCUCUCUCCUUUCCUACUUCGUUCUUAUACCUGCGUUCAAUCGAUGGCAAGACCGACGGUACCGCAAGGCACUACGCAGGAGAUACGGCAUUCCGGACGAUGACGAACGCCCUUUCAACAUAGCUUACGCUGCGGUGCGAACGCGCACUCAUGGGGGUUCCGAGGAGGGUAGUCGUGAGGCGUCAGAGCAACUAGACGAAGACGGUUUCCUGUUACGACAUGGUUCUUCAGAUGUCCCUAUGCUUGUACGCCGUCCGCUGGAAGGGGAGGAACUGGCCCGGUUCCGAGAGCCGGAGGUGCCUCGCAGCGCCAACCACGCGCCAUAUGUGUCGCAGUACGACCCUCGUCAGGUUGCCCACAACGCAUGGCUAAUGGGACAAUCGGCCACGCUUGUUGAAGAGCCUGUCGUAAGAGAUUACGUCCAUACGCCUGCGCAGAGGGAGGCAGACUCAUCAGCCACGAUCUCGCCGGGUACCCUGAGUGACGCCACUGGUAAGGGUACAUCGCCACCUGCGCUCAAGACUCAAGGCAAGCACGCGCGCGAGGAUGAUGAGGCUGAGAAACCUGAGAAGAAGUCGAGAUUGGCAGGCGAGGUCGAUGAAGGCAUUGUGGUAGACGGCGACGACGACAUGGAGGUUGAGGUCGAAGCUGUACAACCCAAGAGAGGUGCCAAGCGCCAGGCUGAUGUUGAUGACGACGAGGGCAUCGAGCACGUACGCACGAGUGGAAGGGACAAGCGGGUACGGAGGCAGGUCCGCGAGCGGGCGUACGACGCAUCCGACGAGGAGAUGGCCGAAGUCCAACCAACUGACGAGGACGAGGUCACGGAGAUGCAGCCAGUGUACAGAGGCAAGAAGCGAGACCGCGACGAAGCUGGCUCCACGUUCGGUGGCGAUGAGUCCAUAGCUGACGAGCUCGACUCGGAGGACGGCCGCAAGUCUCGUAGGAGGCGCAAGAGGCGUGCAAUGGCAAAGAAAGUUGAGGACCCCGUCCGCGGCCAGAAACGCAGCCGUGAUGAUGCAUCGGAAGAGAGUGAAGAGGAACCGGAACGGCCAAAGAGGCGCAUCACUCGCAGGCAGCGUGGCAACCGUGAUCCCGAUCCCUUGUUCGACGCGCCACUGUCCAACGAUCCAUUGUGCAAGGGCAGGCGAAUUGGAGAGGAAUGGGAGGUCAAUGAGAUUCGGUACAAGGUCGGCCCCAAUGGGCAGCGGUUGCGCCAAGACUUGGUCAAGAGGUCCCGAACACGUUUCCCUAUGCCAAAGGAUUCGCAGCAUGCCGAUCGUCGUGCCAACAUCGAUGUAUACGUGGAAACAUGGCUUACGGAAGAAGAAUACCAGGCGGCCAAGGAACAUGGUGAUCUGGCAUGGCAGGAUAGCCCGAGCCCGAGCGUACCUGCUACUCCGGGCGAUGUCUCAGACUAUCCUUCGGGCAAGAGUCUUCUGUGGGCUUCAGAGCCAACGACACCGGAAAGCCCUGCGCCACAGAGAGGUCCUUUCAGGCAGUCAAUCGUCACCAACGUCGGGCUGCGUCUCAAUCCCUUCCGGCAUUCCCAGGUUCCUCCCAACCGUCGAGUGACUUCCGCGCCACAGCUCUCCGUCGCUUCCACACCUGAACCCAGCCCGGCGAAGCCUCGCACUGUCAAGACAUACUCGAAAUGGGAGAAGCAGGAUCUUGAGGCUGCUGCGAUGUCCAAGAUCAGGGAGAAGAAGUUGGCAGAGGCGAGAGAGGCGAGGAAAGCUAUCGCCCCCCCACAGACAGCCACUCAGCCAUCGAUAGCGCCCGCAGGGGCUGCUCCGGCGACAUCGUCUGCCCCAGCUGUUUUGACCUUCACUAGUGCGAAGCCUGACGAGAAGGCACCAGAGAAGCAGGCGCAGCAGGCAUGUGACAAACCGGCCUCUUCGUUCUCGUUUGGCACAUUACCUGCGCCCUCGUCAUCAAACGCUACGCCUGCAUCGAAUGCUGCUCCAGGGCCUGCACACGAGGCCCAGAAGAAUUUCUUCAACAUAGCUCCCCCUUCGACUUCUGCCACGCCCGCUUCUACGACCGCCCAGCCUCCAUCGUCUGUCCCCAACUUUUUCAUUAAGAACACCACGACAACUACGCCACAGGCGCCUCAACCAAGCACUCAACCAUCAAUUGCGCCGUCCGCUCCGUCUGCGAGCUCAUUUAUGACCAAACCCGCUUCUGCCACCCCUGCAUCAACCAGUGCACCGUCGUUCAACCCUUUCGGUGGUGCUGCGAAUACCACUCAGCCUUCCACGGCUCCGGCGGCCGGUGCGGCUCCGAAGUCAGCCUUCUCAUUUGCGCCGCCGAGCGCUACGUCGACGAGCAAACCUGCUGAGACAGGCCCCACCGAGCAGACAACGGCCGCGCGCGCGAGCUCUGGUCCUUCCUUGCUGGCACGUUUGGGUCCCCAGGUACAAGCUCCAUCGUCUACUCAGCCGCAGACAAGCACACCAGCCUCAGGCUCUGCACCCCAGCCACUCAAGUUCUCUUUUACGCAGCCAAGCGCUCCUGCUGCAGGUGCCUUGAGUCAGCAGCAGCCCACAUUCGCCCAGCCGAGUACGCCAGCGUCAGCCGCAACCGCCAGCACGACCCCAGCUAGCACGCCGGCAGCUGCAUCGUCGAACACGAGUACCGCUGUAGCCAAGUUCAACUUUGGGUUCACUGGUGCUAACACGGGUAGCAGUGCACCAGCCGCACCCGCGGCAUCGACCACGCCCACUGCCGCGGGCGCGACGGACACGUCGAAGCCAUUUUCGUUCAAUUUUGGUGCUCCCAGUCAGCCAGCCCCUACAACCCAGACGGCUGGCGGUGCGUCAAACCCCUUCGGUGGCCCUUUGGCAGCUGGCCAGAGUUCGACCAUGGCAUCUGCGCCAUCUGCCGCCAAGACACCAGCUGCGUUUGGCUUCGGCGCGCCUGCCUCGUCAAAUCCGUUCGGCGCUCCUUCUACAUCUAACAGCAAUGUGGCUACGACCCCUAGCAAACCGGCAGGCAUCAACGCCUUCUCGACGACGCCUGCUGGAACUCCAGCGAGUGGUGCAAGUGCUUUCGGUGGUAGCACCACGCCAGCUAACCCACCCGGCACGAAGUCCGCGUUCACGUUCGGCACACCUGGUGGUACACCCACGUUCGGAGGCGCAGCUGGUGCCUCGACCUCGCAGUCAGGCGCAGCCAAUCCAUUUGGAGCGCCGGCCGGUAGCGCGACGCCAUCUACCACCAACAGUGGCGAAGCGCAGAGCAAGCCUGCGUUCUCAUUCAACUUUGGUGCUGCGCCUUCGUCGUCGUCAACGACAGCGUCGAAUCCUUUCGAACCGAAGCCCGCCUCAACCCCAACGUUCGGCGCAACCUCUCAGCCGAGUUCGGGCGCACUCAACUUCGGAAACCCUUCGUCUUUUAACUUUGGGUCCGCCUCGAACGCCAACCAAAAUCAGAAGCAGUGAUUUUCCACCCUCAGCGUACUACCAUGAGCUCCCCUCUCCUCUAUGCGUAUGUAUAUAUGCCACUCCGAACUUGUCAAGUAAGGCCCGUCUAUGUUGUACUCUACACCCAACCCCACGUAGCACUUAUUGUCCCAUUACGCAUGAUAAAUUAUCACGCACAUCUUCUCGUAGUACCUACGCUCUUGUGGAAAUCUAGUUCUAGGACGUUAGGUCCAACAACGCAAUCUUCGUCGUCUGACUCUGAUGUGCUUGCCAGUGAGCUCGCAGCCCGUAUAUAACUGAGCCAGGCCUGUGAUUCCGUUGGUCCAAAUUUGAACCC